CGCGCAUUUUGACCAAUUGUCAAAAGUAACAGAAAGUUUGUGAGCGAGCUAAUUGCAAGAAAACAAUAAUUUUAAAUAAAUAGCUUGCAUACGCAAAAACAUUGUUGUUUUGUGAAUUUAAAUUUGAAGCGUCAUCACAAGACAAAUCGGGUUAAAAUGAGUUCCCCAAUUCCUGAUACUCCGUCAGACAGAGAUGGAGCCAGAUCGCGUAUGACAUCGCCGGCUAGGGAGUAUGAAAUGUUUGAAGAUGAAGGUGCUAUACUUGGUGAUAAUCCCGCUGAUGAAGAGGAAGAGGAUGGAGAAGAAUUGUUCAAUGAUAAUAUGGAAGCUGAUUAUCGUCCAAUGCCAGCGUUGGAUCGGUACGAUGCUGAGGACCUGGAUGACGAAGACUAUGAUAACAUGUCAAUUGAUGAUCGCAUGGCGGCUGAACGAGAACUACAGCGGAGGGACAGAGAUGAAGGCAGAAUGAGGAGAGAUGAUAGGGGACUGUUAUAUGAUGAAUCAGAUGAAGAGAGUGGUGAUGCACCUCGUGCAAAACGUCGGAGAGCAGCGGAAAAAGCCGCUACGGGUACAGAAGAGCAGGUAGAAGAAGGUAUAGAGAGUAUUGAAAACUUGGAAGACACCAAGGGUUAUACAACCAAGGAGUGGGUGUCAAUGUUGGGACCUAGGACUGAAAUUGCUAAUAGAUUCAAGAACUUCCUACGCACAUACACAAAUAGUAAAGAACAAUACGUAUACAAAGACCGCAUACGUCGUAUGUGCGAACACAAUCAAGCAUCAUUUCAUGUGGAAUUUGAUGUCCUCGCUCGAAGGGAACAAGUUCUAGCCUACUUCCUUCCGGAAGCUCCUUUUCAAAUGCUACAGAUAUUCGAUGAAGUGGCCAAAGAAAUCGUACUACAGAUAUUCCCAAGCUACGAACGCGUGACGUCAGAGAUUCAUGUGCGGAUUUCCGAUUUGCCACUCAUAGAAGAGUUAAGAACAUUCCGGAAGCUUCAUUUGAACCAGUUGGUUAGGACUGUGGGUGUUAUAACAUCCACUACUGGUGUGCUGCCACAAUUGUCAGUUGUUAAAUAUGAUUGUAACAGAUGUGGAUAUAUUUUGGGGCCAUUUGUUCAAUCUCAGAAUUCAGAAGUGAAACCAGGGUCUUGUCCGGAGUGUCAAAGUGCUGGACCAUUUAUGGUAAACAUGGAACAAACAGUAUACCGCAACUACCAAAAGGUGACAAUACAAGAGUCCCCUGGCAGGAUCCCCGCUGGCCGGAUUCCUAGAAGCAAAGAUUGCAUCCUGUUAGCUGAUUUAUGUGAUAGAUGCAAGCCUGGUGAUGAGGUGGACCUAACAGGAAUAUAUACUAAUAAUUAUGAUGGCUCGUUGAACACAGAACAGGGUUUUCCAGUAUUUGCGACUGUGAUAAUAGCAAAUUACAUAGUUGUUAAAGAUUGUAAGCACAUUGUUGAGUCGUUAACAGAUGAAGAUGUAGCGAAUAUAAUAAAGUUAUCAAAGGAUCCACAAAUUGGAGAGAGAAUUGUUCAGAGUAUUGCUCCGUCUAUAUAUGGACAUGAUUAUAUCAAAAGGGGUUUGGCGUUGGCCUUGUUUGGUGGUGAACCUAAGAAUCCAGGUGAUAAACAUAAAGUGCGAGGUGAUAUAAAUGUGCUUAUAUGUGGAGAUCCAGGGACAGCCAAGUCACAGUUCCUUAAAUACACAGAAAAGAUAGCACCGAGAGCAAUAUUCACUACCGGACAAGGCGCCAGUGCUGUCGGUCUAACUGCCUAUGUGAGGAAGAACCCCACUACAAGAGAUUGGACAUUAGAAGCCGGCGCGUUAGUACUAGCGGACCGCGGAGUGUGUCUCAUAGACGAGUUCGACAAAAUGAAUGACCAAGACAGAACCUCCAUACAUGAAGCGAUGGAACAGCAGUCUAUAUCCAUAUCUAAGGCUGGUAUUGUGACCUCGUUACAUGCUAGGUGCUCGGUGAUAGCGGCGGCGAACCCGAUCGGCGGGCGGUACGACGCGUCGCUGACGUUCUCCGAGAACGUGAACCUCGCCGACCCGCUGCUGUCGCGCUUCGACGUGCUGUGCGUCGUGCGCGACGAGCCGCACCACAUGCAGGACGCGCACUUGGCCAGGUUCGUAGUGAGCUCGCACAUAAGGCACCACCCCACACAGAAAGGGACCACACUAGAUGAAAAUAAUGAAGACGACAACUCGCUGCCUCAAGAUAUGCUUAAGAAGUACAUAGUGUACGCCAGAGAGAAUGUACAUCCUAAAUUACAGAACAUGGACCAAGACAAAGUGGCGAAAAUGUAUAGUCAGUUGCGACAGGAGUCCCUCGCCACCGGCAGUCUUCCAAUCACCGUCAGACAUAUUGAAUCUGUGAUCCGCAUGAGCGAGGCGCACGCGCGGAUGCACCUGCGCGCGCAGGUCAACGAGGAUGACGUCAACCUCGCCAUCCGCACCAUGCUCGAGAGCUUCGUCGACACGCAGAAGUACAGCGUCAUGCGGGCCAUGCGACAGACAUUCCAGAAGUAUCUCUCCUAUAAGAAGGAUCACAGCGAACUGCUUUACUACAUUCUACGGCAGCUGACCAUAGACCAAUUAGCCUACAUGCGAGGCCUGCACAACUACUCACAGUCCACCAUCGAGAUAUCAGAGAGAGACCUCUUGGAGCGAGCGAGACAGAUCAAUAUAACGGAUUUAAAACCGUUUUACGGUAGCCGGAUAUUUCAAAUGAAUAAUUUCGUGUUUGAUGCCAAGAGGAAGGUUAUUGUACACACAUUGCCAGAAGUGCCUACAUCUGCAUAGAGGUUUUAAUUAAUAAAGUGUUUUUCGUAUAAUCAUAAUUAUGAUCGAGAAUUGUCGGUUUUUAUUCUGAAAAUGUGGAAACUUGUUGAAAUAUUUCAUCAUUUUCAGCUAUGUUCCCACUGCUGGGUCACAGGCCUCAUAUGAGGGUUCAGGUCAUAAUCGACCAAGCUGAUCAAAUAUGAUUUGAUCAAAAUGUUUGUGGUGAAUCGUUUUUAUUACACUUAGAUAAAUAGCUGUCAGUUUGUCGUAAACUAUUCAUACAAAAAUUCUUCAAACGUUUUUUAUUCAUAUUAACGUUUAAGUGUUUAUGAAUAAGUAAUUUUUUAAAAAUAUCACCGAUUCCGAAUGUAGUUAAAUAACAAGUACGUACAAUAUAACCUUCCUCCUUUUUUGAGAUUGGUUGAAAACAGAAAAUAAAUUCAUUGGCUGCUGGUAACUGUCCUAUCACCUAAUAUAUAGGUCCUCGGACUUAAAUCGGCGUUCAAGGACAAGCCACAUUCUCAUUUUCAAUUUAUCUGCGUAUGUUUAAACAAGACUGCUCAACACGGUGAAGGAGAUCAUCGUGAGGAAACCGGCGACUGUGUCCCAGCAGUGGGAACAUAUAUGGGCUGAUGAUGAUUAUGAAUGAUGAUGAACUGUCCUAAUGAUUUGCUGAUUAAUUAACCGGUGUUCGUAUAAUACCUAAAUAGUUUAAUAUUGUGUCAAAUAUUUGAUUUCUUUAACCAAUUCAAACACUUACUCGUAUUUUAUAAAUUAAUUGUAUAAAUAAAUUCCUGUGAACCCUGAAUUAUUGUACUCCUUUUCCCAUUUUGUUCUCUUAUAUCUUUAUAAUAAUAAUUUUAACAUGAUUGUAUGAAGAUGUGCCUAAAAUCUACAAAAUUGUAAUUUAAGUAAUAAAAAAAAUUACCCGCCUAUAAAAAAUUACUAAAUAAAUAAGUCUUGUAAACAUCACACAUCGAAAUAAGGUAAAUAUACUGGUAUGAGCUUGAAAUCGGUUUGGUUAAAAAGUUCAAAUGCCAAAUCAAUAUUUUAAAAUAAUUGAGACGGCAGUAUUGAUCUAUUGCAUCAUUUUUUCAAGACGCUUGUUUUUAAAGUAGUUUAAUGAAUUGGGUCACAUAAAUUUAACAUUUAAACAUAUUAAAUGUUUUAUUUUUUUGGGCUUUCUUAUAAAAUUGUAUAAAAAUUAAAAAUAUCUCGAUAUCGUAAUGUUGCUUGGCCUUUUUUAAAUAUGUGUUAAUUUUAUCAUGUUUGAUGUAUUAAUAAAUGUUUUGUAGUUAGAUAUAGUUUUAAGGGUUAGUUAUUAUUUGAUUUAAUUGUAAUUUUAUAGUUAUUUAGCGAUUUUGUCUUUGAUUAUUUAUCAUCGAAAGAUCUGUGAAUAUUUCCCACCUCUUUGAAUCGUGCCUUAUAAAGUACAAAGUUUUGAAUUUAUACAUUUUGCGGGUUCAAAUUUGUAACUGAUCAAUGAAUAAUUGAACGUAUUUUUGUAAUGUUGUAUGGAAAUAAAUUGAUUUUGAAA